AUGCAGAUCCUCUAUGCCUCUUUGCUUGCCUUGGCUGCUGCACGCAUCGCCCCGGUCGAGCAUGCGACCUUGGCCACGGAGGCCCUCUCAGGACGCCAGCCGCAGUUCUGGCUGAAGUCUAAGGGUCCAGCACCCAAAUGUCACGACAAGAAGCUCGUGAACUCCGAGUCUGACAAGUUCCUGGCCUGCCCAAAGGAGUGCCCGGUUUAUGCCGAUGAUCGUGGAGAUGGUGUGGACUGCAACUUCGAGUGUGUGGAAGCAACGCCCAAGGCAUGCACGGCAGUGAACAAGUUUGAGCCGAUUCCUGACAAAGAGAUGGGCAUUUGCCGGGCCUGCAUCAUCUACGGCUGCGCUGAGUGCAAAACGGAUGGCACCGACACCUGCGCCAGGUGCGACAGUGGCUACUCUGUGAACGCCAAAGGCACCUGUGACAACGACAACCGCUACUACUGGUAUGCCCUGUUCGUUGUGCUCGGUGGGGUCACUCUGUUCAUCGUGGCUUGGAUCGUGGACAUUUGCACCCGCCCCAUCGUCAACGCAGAUGGCCUGAAGGGAGCCUUGGACUACCGCUCCCGAUCCAAGGUGCGCAUGCCUAAAUCCUCCAAUGAUGACGAGGGUCGCGAGCUUUACCCCUUGGACACCAACCUGUUGAAGGAGAGCGUCGCUGGUGUCGGCGUGACUCUGCACUUCAACUUCCAGCUCUUCCUGAUCGUGUGGUCAUUGGGCAUUGCCGUGGGCUGGCUGCUGCUGUCCCUUUCAGUGGAUGAUGCCCUCUUGAUCCUGGGGACACGCAGGGCAAAGACUGCACGACAGAAUUGCAUCCUGGUGGCAUGGGGCUUCGAGACGCAGCAGCGGCUCAUGUGGACCAAGAUCGACUUCGUGGUCGUGGUUUACCUGCUGACGGUUCUGGGCUGCGUGCUCUUCGGCAUCCGUCAGCUGCGGCUCUUCCAGAAGGUGGACAUGCAGAACUCCACGCACAAGGACUACGCGGCCCGCAUCCGCAACCUGCCGCUCCUGGACGGCACGACACCGGUGGAGGAUGAGCUGAAAGAGCGAAUCCAAGAGGCGACUGGCCAGAAAGUGGUGGGCGUCUCGGUGUGCUGGGACUUCCAGGAACAUGAGGAAGAACUCUUGGACCUCCUGCAGAGUCAGUUGGUGGAGAAGGAGUUGGAGCUCCACCCCAUGCCCGAGCGAGAGGAGGAACCUGAGGAGCCGCAAGGCUUUUUUGCCCGGAUGGAGCGCGCGGCACUGGCAGCAGAUGCACAGAAAGUGGUGGCCACAGGUGAGAUGACCGAGGAAGAGAAGCAGAAGGCCGUUGAAGAGGCCGCACAGGCUCAGCCCGGCGAGGAGAUCAUCGAGGAAUGCAAGGAGGUGGAUGUCAUCGGAAUCCUGAAGAGCAUCAAGACCUGCCCUGACGCCUACGCAAUUUUCGAGACGGAGACAGCUCGUGACGCAGCUGUGGAGGCGGCUGUUUCCAGUGGCGGGGUGGAGUUCCAUGGCAACACGCUGAAGCUGAACGCCUCGCGCGUGGAGCCGCAGACGGUGAAGUGGCAGAACUGCGCCAACACGGACCUGGUGGUGAAGGCCAAGCGCGUGGCUCUCGGUAUGUGCAUCAUGCUGGCGGGUCUGGGAGUGUGGGUCGUUGCCUUCUACUUGCCCUACGCGUGGUUCUCGCUGACCUUCAACUACUCCUACGGACAGGAGCCCGGAUUUGUGGCCGGCAUGACUUUCUCCAUGGUCGUUGUGGCGGGCAAUGCACUGAUGUAUUUGGUUUGCAGCGAAGUGGCCGACCGCACCAGAUUCAUCUAUAUCGAUGACCGCGAGGUUUGCUACAUGCUCCUGUACUGCUUCGCUUGCGUCUUCAACGUGGCCCUUGACUUGAUCACCACCUACAUGGUGGCGUACCGCAUCAACGUGGGGCUCCACAUGAAGACCUAUGACGGCACCCUGCUGCAAAACUUGCAGUCCUUCUCUGACCGCUUUGAGUCCUACGCGAUGCAGCGCACACUCGCCAACAACCUGUAUGCAUAUGCAUUCCCGGCCACCUUCUUGAUCCCUUUCUUGAUCGAGCCAGUGGCAACCAUCUACGCCCCGUACAAGCUGAUGAUGAUGAUUGUCCGCACUCAACCCAACAUGAAGGGUUUCAUGGCUGAGAACUUGCUAGGCAGUCUUGUGUUCGAUCUGUCUCGCUACGCCGACCUCCUGCUUGACGCCAUGAUUGCGGUCCUGAUCUUCUUCUUCCCUGGCGGCUUCAACAUUCAGAUGUUCCUGGGCAUGGCGCUGUCGCACGUGUACAUCUACUUCUUCGACCACUACCGCGUGCUCCGCUCCAUUCAGAGUUGCAGCUACACGGACCGCAUGGUUGAUUGGUGGUCCCAGUGGCUGAUGUGCAUCCCUUGCGGCUGCAUGAUGGCUUGCUUCGUCUUCAAGGCCAACUGCCAGCCAGGCUACUUCUGCCUGGAAGGUGACGAGAUGGUCACGGCUUGUGCUGCAGCCUUCUUUGCGCACAUCGCGCUGCACACUCUUCUGCUGCGCUAUGUCGUGCCCAAGUUCGGCCUUGUCGGAGAGUCCGACGGCGCAGACACCAACACCUACGUUGCCUGCUCCAAGCGCUUGCCGUGCUCGUGGUUCACCUCCAACCCUGUGUUCUGCCUGCGGUCGCAGUAUGUCUACAAGCACAGCCCUCCGUGCACCUACUACCUCCCGGGGAAGGAGCACCUCAUCGAGCAGAACGAGGAGAUCGGCCUCUACUUCAAGGACUGUCCUGCCAAGGAGGAGGACUAUGACGCCCCGCAUGUAGACACAGAAGCGUUGAAGGCUCAGAUGAAAGAGAUGCACGGCAAGGUUUCCGGGCACAUGGAGGAGUUCAAGGGCAAGAUGACCAGCCAAAUGGAGGAGAUGAAGGGCAAGGUCUCCGGCAACUUGGAGCAGCUCAAGGGCAAAGUCUCCGGGCACUUCGACAAACUCUUGAAGAAGGACGGCCCAGACGGCCCGGAUGGCGAUGCACAGGGCUCCGGGGGUUCCGCCAGCCAGAGCUGA